AUGACUCGCAAGAAGGCACUGCUGAUCGGCAUCAACUAUGCCGGCACCGAGAACGAGCUCAACGGCUGCCACAACGACGUGGAAAACGUGCGCGAUUUCCUUGUCAACGACCGCGGAUUCUCGGACGAUUCCAAGGACAUGGUGAUAAUGACGGACACGCCAGAUAACGAGGGCACGCCGUUCUGGCCGAGCGGCGAGAACAUCUUGGCCGCGUUCAAGUGGCUGACGUCGUAUAACAGAGACGGCGACAUUGUGUGGCUGUCGUACUCGGGGCACGGAGGUCAGGUCAAGGACACUGACGAUAACCGGCCGACGGGCUUCGACGACACCAUCUGCCCUGUGGACUUCACAGAGCACGGCCAAUUAUCCAGCGAAAUUUUGCAUAGGAAGCUCAUAAGCCCCAUGAACCCGAACGCAAGGUUGACCAUACUAUUCGACUGCUGUCACUCAGGUUCGGCCUGCGAGUUGCCUUUUGUGUACCGGCCAGACAGGGAAGGCAACAUCAACUUGAUGGACCACAUAAAGAAGGGCAUUGGGCUGGUGCACGCAGCCGGGCAGCUGAUGCGAGGCGGGUUCAGCCGUGACAAGAUCGCGGACGCCAAGAUGCUGCUCGGUGGUGCGACGGACUUCUUCAACGGGCUGCACCACGCGCGCGAAAGCGAGGCGGACGAGGAGGGUCUGGCCGCGGAGCAGUUCGAGGAGGACUGGGACAAGGAGGGUAAGGAUGUGUGGAUGUUCUCGGGCUGCCGCGACGACCAGACGUCUGCAGACGCGACCAUCUCCCGGGGCUGCGACUGGAGCCAUGUCAUCCUGCUGGCCACUCGCGGGAAGCUGGUGGAAAAUUACGAGCAGAUCCCGCAGUUGAGCUGUGGCGGGCGUUACGACCUUGACGAGCCUCUGAGGACGGCCACAGAGCCGCAAGAGGACGAAGGGUAUGAGGCAUCGAGGUAG